AAUAAAUAAAAGAUGAAGAAGAAGAAGAUGAAGCUCACUCACACUUAUCUCAAGCAACAGUCGUCCCGAUCACACCAUUACUCGCAUCAUUACAGUUAGAAAUUAGCAGUAAUAAAAAUGAUGAAGCUCUCUUGUUCACCCUCUCACACACCUUUCCCCAUCCCAACAAACCCAACUCAUUCUUUCUUGCUUUGCUUUCACUCUCCCUCUCUCUUUCUCUAAUUUAAUACUUUAUUUCUUCUCGUUCUUAGUUUGCUGAGCUUCUUCUUUGUGCUGCUCUCUGGGUAGGAAACUGAGGCAAGCUCUUUACCUUCUUUAGUUUUGAAGCUUAUUUUUGUUGAAAAAACUGGUACCCAGUUGAAAGGAAGCUUUAAUGGAACCGGGGUCGAGCUCAGAGCCACUGGACAAGGCUGAGAGAGAGAGGGGACCGAGGGGUGGUGCUGCAAUAGGCUCUGUUGAACCCAAGAUCUCGGCUUUUGUGCCGAGGAGGGAUCACAAUCCAAGAGAGCUGAGAUCUUGGGCCAAAAGAACUGGGUUUGUCUCUAAUUUCUCUGGGGAGACAGCUACUAGUGGCAGUGUGAGAAAUGAUAGUGCUGGGUUUGGUUUGGAGACGGGUUUUGAUGAGAGAGGUGGUGGCGGGUCGUCUCCAAAAAUCGAGAUUGAUCCGGUUUUGGGCCGGACUAAGCCCAGUAAAGGGAUUGAGAUUGAGCCAGCUACUGGUCCUGGACAUGGAGGGGUGAGGAAUGAGAGAGAUGAAACAGUGCGGGGUGAGAGUAAGCGGAGGAGGACUGAGAAUGAGCCUGUUUUGGGUGCUAAAGAUGAUGAUAGAAGAGACGGUGUCAAUGGAAAUGAGAAUAGGAAUGGAAGUGGGAAUGGGAAUGGGCAUGGAGUCACACCAGUUGCUUCAGCAGCUGAGCCGAAGAUAAUUGAUGAUGAGAAAUAUGAAAGAGAUGUAGAGAUGAAUUAUCCAGAUGGUGAAGAACCUGUUCAUGGAGGGUGGGGGAGACCGUCUGCAAUGAAGAUUGGAUUGAGAGAAAAUCCGGGUUUUGUUCCACUAAUGUAUUACGGUCUGCAGCACUAUUUAUCACUGGCUGGUUCCCUUAUAUUCAUCCCCCUGAUCAUUGUACCGGCCAUGGGUGGAACAGAUAAGGAUACCUCCACGGUGAUUUCAACAAUGCUGCUGGUUUCUGGAAUGACAACAAUACUGCACUCUUACUUUGGAACUCGACUUCCAUUAGUUCAAGGAAGUUCAUUUGUAUACUUGGCACCGGCACUAGUUAUCAUGAAUGCUCAGGAAUUUCGAAAUCUUACGGAGCAUAAAUUUAGGCAUAUAAUGAGAGAACUGCAAGGAGCUAUAAUUAUUGGUUCGAUAUUUCAGAGCCUCCUGGGAUUUAGUGGUUUAAUGUCUUUAUUGCUGAGAUUGAUACAUCCCAUUAUUGUUGCACCAACAGUUGCUGCAGUAGGUUUAGCGUUUUUUAGCUAUGGCUUUCCACAAGCUGGGAGUUGUGUGGAAAUAAGUGUUCCGCAGAUACUUUUGAUUCUCAUAUUCACCCUGUACCUUCGAGCCGUAUCCAUCUUUGGGCAUCGCUUUUUUCAGAUUUAUGCGGUUCCCUUAAGUGUUAUGAUCAUAUGGACUUAUGCAUUCUUUUUGACAGCCGGUGGAGCAUAUGAUUACAAAGGCUGCAGCCCUGAUAUACCUAGUUCAAAUAUCCUAAUAGAUGCUUGCAGAAAGCAUGCAUAUACUAUGACACAUUGCAGGACCGAUGUUUCAAAUGCAUGGAGAACUGCUGCAUGGGUCAGGAUUCCAUACCCUUUACAGUGGGGUCUCCCUAUCUUCCAUUUCAGGACUUCCAUUAUCAUGAUUUUUGUGUCGCUCGUAGCAUCAGUUGAUUCGGUUGGAACAUACCACACUGCAUCUGUGCGUAUUAAUUUGCAGCCUCCAACGCCAGGAAUUGUCAGCAGAGGAAUUGCAUUGGAGGGUUUCUGCAGUAUAUUGGCUGGAAUUUGGGGUUCAGGUACUGGGUCAACAACCUUGACAGAAAAUGUACAUACGAUUAACAUAACGAAGGUGGCAAAUCGCAGGGCCGUGGAACUUGGAGCAGUUUUCUUAAUCUUUUUCUCGUUUAUAGGAAAAGUGGGUGCCAUUCUUGCCUCUAUACCAUUGGCCUUGGCUGCUUCAGUACUGUGCUUCACGUGGGCCCUUGUUGUGGCAUUGGGUCUCUCAACUUUGCAGAAUAGUAGUCAAGCAGCAAGUUUUAGAAACAUAAUGAUCGUUGGUGUUUCAUUGUUCCUUGGUUUAUCUAUCCCAGCGUAUUUUCAACAGUAUCAACCCGAAUCCAGCCUCAUACUGCCUAGCUAUUUUGUUCCCUAUGGAGCAGCAUCUAAUGGACCACUCCAUACGGGCAUUAAACAACUUGACUUCGUUAUAAAUGGACUACUGUCUUUGAACAUGGUGGUGACAUUUCUAAUAGCAUUCGUACUAGAAAACAGUGUUCCAGGCAGCCGGCAGGAGCGAGGGGUUUAUAUAUGGUCACGUCCAGAAGACAUCUCAACCGAUCCAUCUUUGCUUGAAGAUUAUUCCUUGCCAAGAAAACUUGCAGAUGUCUUUGCCGGGAAAAACAUCUAGGUGUGUGAUAUUUUAUAGUAAUGUGAAAAUGCAAAGGCACUUGGUAGAUUUUGGGGGCACUGAAGAGUGGAUAUAGUAAAGCUGGAGUGAAGAGAAAUGAUAAUCACACGAUAUAGACACAUAGCAAUAGCUUCCUUCACCAAAUUGGAAAUGUUAGAGAAUAGUUUGCAACCAUUGUGAUUCCAAUUGUACAAUGACUUAAAACAGUUUUUUAUGGGCUACAAUUUAGCUCUUUGUAAUAUGUAAAUCCAUCAAAUAGUUAUUCAUUCUAAAUAAAAGUUUAUUGGAACU